AUGGAAGCAAGGGUGAAAAAGUAUAGGCAGCAAUUGAGUCCCGAGAGGUCUAAAGUAUGGAAGGAGAAGCCUCCUAAGUAUUACAAGAACAGAAAGGUUCCUGUUGUUUACUAUCUUUCCAGAAAUAGACAGCUUGAACACCCUCAUUUCAUGGAGGUUCCUAUAAAAUCCCCUGAUGGUUUGUUUUUGAGAGAUGUGAUUGAUAAACUUGAUGCUUUGAGAGGUAGAGGCAUGGCUGAUUUGUAUUCAUGGUCUUGUAAGAGAAGCUACAAGAAUGGAUAUGUGUGGCAUGAUCUUAGUGAAGAUGAUAUAAUUCUACCUGCACAUGGUAAUGAGUAUGUCCUGAAAGGCUCCGAGCUAUUUUGCGAAUCAAAUUCAGACCGGUUUAGUCCCAUUAGCAAUGUGAAACUACCGAGUCUAAAGCGGUUGCCAGAGCCAGUUUCGUGUAGGAGCCACGACGAGGCUUCUUCCUCUUCAAGUAUGAACGAAAGAGAAGGUAGAAACUCUCAAGAAGACGAGAUUUCUCCAAGAGAGCAUCAUACCGGUUCGUCCGAUCUUUCUCCGGAGUCUAGUGAUGGGAAGAGUGAUUGUCAAAGUUUACCAUUGACAGAAUAUAAAAUCUACAAAGCCGAUGGAUUAUCCGAUGCUUCAACUCAAACCGAUGAACGUGUUAGCAGACCUCAAAAACAGAAAACGUGUACUAGAGGUGUAUCGACCGAGGAUAGAUCGUUAGAAUCUGAAUGCGAUGAAAUAUGUGAAAUCCAACCAGAGGUGAAAGAUGAUUCAGAAAUCCGUACGGAUGUUGUGUUUCCUCCACUCUCGAAUUCGAGCCCGUCGUCUUCUGCAGGGAAGACCGAAACUUUGGAAUCCCUUAUUAGAGCCGAUGCAAGUAGAAUGAACAGCUUUAGGAUCCUUGAAGAGGAAGGUAUGCAAAUGCAAACCACUACAAGGCUGAAAGCCUCAAGUUUGCUGAUGCAAUUGAUCUCUUGCGGGUCGAUAUCGGUGAAAAACCAUAGUCUUGACCUUAUUCCUUCCUAUAAGGCUAGAUUUUCGCAUUCGAAAUUCCCCUCUCCCUUAUUCUCCAACUCUGUUAUGUUGGGGGAAUUAGACUGCUUGGUAGGGAAUCCGAAGGUGUCAAGCUUUAGAAUGGAAGACAAAGAGUAUUUUAGUGGGAGCUUAGUCGAGUCCAAAAUGGCGAAGGAAGAAGACGAACAAAAUCUUCUCAAACGCUCUUCUUCUUUCAAUGCCGAGAGGACAAGUAAAGAGUUGAAAUCACAAGACAUGGAGGAAUCAUCCUCCUCCUCCAUAAAUUCAAAAUGCAAUUCGCGUCCGGUCAAGGCUUCUUCGAUGACCAUAAAAUCUUCUAUUUCCGAUGAAUCAAGAAAGUCGGCAGAUAGAAGAAGAGAAGGUGAUCAAAAUCGAAGAAAGCUUUCUUCGGGAGCUCGGGUUAUAAUCCAAUCUAAACCAUCUUCCAACACAACACAUUAUAGCUCUUAA